UGCUCCUGGCGGUGCAUGUUGCCCAUUACCCUGCUUUUCAACCAAUCAAUAUCCCGUGUGUGAGACACGAUGUGGACCCUGUGGUCCGUGUGGACCUUGCGGACCCUGUGGUCAGAGUGGACCCUGUCUGCCGUGUGGGGCAACCUGCGGGCCAUGUGGACCAUGUUAAAAAGCAUCACACGCGAUUUCAACUUGCUUUCAAUAAUUUAUCCAGUUAUCCAGUUAAUCGUGCUCUGUACUUUGUACACCAUUAUCCUUUUUCUUGUACUUUUGUCAGUAUCUUCAAGUGGAACUCUUCCCUCUUUCCUGGCGUCUGUCAAGCCCAGGGGCUGCCGCAGUCGCGAGCUGCGUUGUGGCAUUCUAUACACAACCUGUGACUGCAUCAAGCGAAAUGGCCUGCAGGACAAGUGCCCGAGGGCGGCUUGCCAAGGACGUCCCGGUUGCAUGUGCUUUCCGACGCCCAACUGCUGCCCGGCCUCGUUCCCGCUGCGGUUCGCCAACAUGACCAUGGGAGUGAACAAUAAACGCAUGCGUUGCGCUGCAACCGCUGCGACUUGUGCUGGUGGCGGCGGACUGGCUCGUUCCUGCGGCGGAUGCUGCACUGGUGGCGGCGGCGGCGGUUGCGGUCCUUGUGGUGGCGGCUGUGGUCCAUGUGGCGGUUGUCCUUGUCCCGCUCGUUACCUGAAAAGGAAACAGGACGAUUUGCCCUGUGUCUGGUGUGCGCCUUGCAAAGCUCACUGCUACAACACACCGCCAAAAUGUUGUUGCUAGAGCAGACACCUUUUGCAUGGCAAGCCAGACACAGAAACAGUCUGAUUGUUAUAAAAAAAAUAACAAACAAUAGUUAGUUUAGCAUAUCACGUUCAAAAAACCUGUGGCUUCUGAUGCACAAGCUCUUAAUGCAGAGCAGCGUGAAGGAAGCAAAAAGUUAAUGACAGUUUGGUGUUGUUUAUAUAACAUAAAUAGCCAGGGAAAAUGCACACAGUUCCACAGUACUUAGUUGUACGUCCGACCAACGAGAUUGAAUGCAAUAACCCAGCAAAAAAAAAAAUGAAAAUGAGUCGGACGUAUUUGACGGAAUGUAUUUGUGAAAGUUUUGGUUGGUACAAAUUUGGAAGCAAGUUGGAUCAAAAAUCAUAUCGUGGCACCAUUAAAAACACUCGGUCCAACAAGAAGAAUGAACUAAUCGCAGAAAACUGAGAUUCAUCAGGCAAAUUUUGUGGCGCUUCGAUGGUAAAUACGAAGCCGGAACCGCAAAAGAUACUUAUGGGCUAGGCAUUCAAUUAACAAAAGUCAACGAAUUUAAAC